AUGGAGAGCGUGUACUCGGCGGAGCCAGCACCUGAUGGUGCUGGUCCCACCUCGCUGGAUGUGCUCAGCUUCCUGGAUGCCCUGGUGAACAGCACGGAGGAGCAAUGCUUCAGCGCCCGCUCCCGCAGCACCGUCCUGGAGGGGCUGCCGUUCGGCGGCGUGCCCACCGUGCUCGCCAUCAACUUCAUCCUCUGGCUGCUUCUCCUCCUGGUCUUCUCCUGCCUUCGAAAAGCAGCUUGGGACUAUGGGCGCCUGGCAUUGCUGAUGGACAAUGAUAGCUUGACAUCACUUUUCUACGGAGAGCAAAGCGAGAAGGAGAAGUCACCGUCAGAGAGCAGCCCCCUGGACGUUGACAACAAGGACAUGGGAUUCUGCUCCUGGCUCAUUUCUAUCUACCAGAUGAAGGAUGAGGAGAUUCAGAGCAAGUGUGGGAUCGAUGCCACCACCUACCUCUCCUUCCAGCGGCACCUCCUGGUCCUGCUGAUGCUAGUCUGUGUGCUCUCCGUGGCCGUCAUCCUGCCCGUCAACUUCUCGGGAGACCUCCUAGGACACAAUCCCACCCACUUUGGCCGAACAACCAUCGCUAACAUCCCGACGCAAGACCGUCUCCUAUGGCUGCACAGCAUCUUUGCUCUCAUCUAUUUCAUCCUCACCGUCCUCUGCAUGGCUCACCACUCUGUCCACCUGGAAUACAGAGAAAACGAAAAGGUUGCCCGGACACUGAUGGUUACCCACAUCCCCAAGGAGAUCACAGACCCUUCCCUUAUCAUCAAGCAUUUCCACGAGGCUUAUCCCAGCUGCACUGUCACCAAUGUCCAGUUCUGCUUCGACGUGCGCAAGCUGAUGAAGCUGGAUGCAGAGAGGCGCAAGGCAAUGAAGGGCCGGCUUUAUUUCACCACCAAGGCUCAGAAAGAGGGGAAGAUCAUGAUCAAAACCCACCCUUGCGCCCGCAUCUUCUGCUGCCGCUUCUGUGGCUUUGAGCAGGUGGAUGCUGAGCAGUACUAUGGGGAGCUGGAGGAGAAGCUCACAGACGAGUUCAAUGCUGAGCGCAACCGCAUCACGCUCAAACGGCUUGACAUGGCCUUCGUCACCUUCCAGGAUGAGCGGAUGACGGCUGUGAUUUUGAAGGACUACAGCCACAUCCGCUGCCGCAAGCACCCCCAGCAGUCCUCUGUCACCACCGUGGUCAAGUCACACCACUGGGGCGUUCGCUAUGCCCCUGCACCCAGUGAUAUCAUCUGGGAGAAUUUAUCUGUCCGUGGCACAUCCUGGUGGGUGCGGUUCAUCCUCCUUAAUAUCUGCCUCUUCGUCCUUCUCUUCUUCCUCACCACACCAGCCAUCAUUGUGAACACCAUGGACUUGUUCAACGUCACACAGCCUGUGGAGAACCUCAAGAACCCCAUCAUCACCCAGUUCUUCCCCACACUGCUGCUCUGGGCCUUCUCCGUCUUCCUGCCCUUCCUUGUCUACGAGUCGCACUGGACGAGGUCGAGUGAAAAUCAGCUCACCAUGCACAAGUGCUUCUUCUUCCUGGUGUUCAUGGUCAUCAUCCUGCCCUCGCUAGGGCUGAGCAGCCUGGACCUCUUCUUCCGUUGGCUCUUUGACACCCACUUUCUGGAUGAGGCCGAUAUCAAGUUCCAGUGUGUUUUCCUCCCGGACAACGGCGCUUUCUUCGUCAACUACGUGGUCACCUCCAGCCUGAUCGGGACAGCCAUGGAGCUGCUGCGCAUCCCAGGCCUCCUUGUCUACACCACCCGCCUCUGCUUUGCCAAGUCCGAGCCAGAGCGGCUCCACAUCAAGCGGAGCCAAGCCUACCAGUUUCAGUUUGGGCUGGAGUACGCCUGGACAUGCUGCAUCUUCUCUGUCGUCAUGACCUACAGCAUCACCUGCCCCAUCAUUGUCCCCUUCGGUUUGCUCUACAUGCUGCUCAAACACAUGGUCGACCGGUACAACAUCUACUACGUGUACAUCCCCACCAAGCUGAACCAGCGCCUCCACGUUGCCGCCAUCAGCCAGGUCGUGGUGGCGCCCAUCCUCUGCAUGUUCUGGCUGCUCUUCUUCUCCGUCCUGCGCCUUGGUCCCACCCGCCCUGUCACCCUCUUCACCUUUGUGGUCCUCCUCUGCUGCAUCGUCUUCUCCUUCUUUGGCCUCUGCCUGAAGAAGCUGCAGCCACGGAAACCCUCCAGCUACCAGAUGUCUGACCAGUCUGAGGGCAUUUUCAACGAUGUGGAGCGGAGCAGUGUCUCCUCCACCCCCAACUCCAAUCUCUUCGUGGCCACCGUCCUGCAGGAGCCUGAGCUGAGCCUGACGCCAGCGGCCUCCCCAGCGCACCAGUCCUAUGGCACCAUGGGCAACCACCUGGAGCCAGCAGAGGAUGGAGAGGACGGGGGGCUGCAGAGCUUUGAGACGGAGCUGGAGACAGUGGAGGGCGAGUAUAGGAGUGGCCCUGUGAUGGAGAGCCAGGCCCGCUACCAGUGA